UGCAAGUUAUGUAGAACAUUAAAAGACAAGAGUUAUGGUUUUCACAAUUAAAGAAACGUGUUAAAAAAGAUUUUAUUAAAUAUUAUCAGUAUAUGCGUCACUGAUUUGCGCAUAUUUUCAUAACAUUCAUUGUUUCAUACGGACAGCAAAUUUCAUAUACAAGUAUGUCAAAGAUCAUUAAUUACGGAAGAAGUUUUCUUCUGUGGUAUGCACAUGAUCUUGUCAACUUUAGAUUACAGGAAUUAUAUGCAAUUGCUGCUACUUUAAAUAUAAAAUUUGAAUGGUUAGAGGAGCCGUCUGUUAAUGAUCCUUUUCUUCUUGUAAAUUUUCCUUCAUCAACUGACGUCAACAAGCUUAUGUCAAGGACUGUUUUAAUUAGAUCUGCUUAUGAAUUGUGGGCUAAGAGUAGAACUUUGUCUGAUCUUCAUGCAGGUUUAAAAAAUAUACCUAAAGAAUUUAUUGAGCCAUACUGUGCAAAAGAUGUUUCAUUUAGAAUAAUGGUGGAAUCAUUUGGAAAAAAGCUGCAUAAAGACUACAAAGUUCAAAGAAUUGAUGUGAGUUUUUGA